AUUUAUAUAAAUAUAAAGGGGAUUAGCAGUUGUAGCGGGUACAGAUGAUGAGAGUGAUUUAAAGUAUGAUGAACCAUAUCAAUAAUCUGAAACAUAAUAGAAAGACUAUUUUUACAAAUAUGGUAAUGGUUCAAGAGGUAUUUUUACAACAACAACAAAAAAAAAAUAUAGGGGGGCAAAACUAGACAAGUUCAAUAGUUUGGGGAAAAUUUGCAACUUGUCCUUAACUUUAUUAAUAAUAGAAUUUUGUUCCAUGUCAAAGGGAGAAAAAAGAGAACAGAAGAUGUAAAUCAAAGCCUUCUUAAUGGCAACCCAAGAACCUUACGACUAUGCUUAGUGGAUUGACCUUUUUAUGUACCCCUUUGAAGUAAAGUUUCACUGCAAGGACCCUACCAUUUGCCAUAUUACCUUUUAAUUGGCUCUGCUCCAUUUUUGAAUAACAAACACAUGGCUUGUGGUUUUUGUUUUUAUUUUCGAACUAGUUGUUGUCUCCAAUAUGUAUUUAAAUAUCAAUAAUUUAGUUAAUAAUACUGGUUUCUGUACCAACUCUGUUUGUGGCAGGGGCAGCUACCUCCUUUACAAACUUCUACGUUUUUUUAUGGAUAUUUUUGUGGAUCCUUUAAAAAAAUUAUUUAUUAAAGGAAAAUAGAAACGUAAGGUCAUGAUGCUGGUUUUAUUACUAUUUAUUAUCAUUAUUUUUCUUUCUGCUGGAGUAUAGCUCUUGAGAUUGAAAUUAUUUUAUUACCUGUCUCGUUAUCUGCAAAUUUUGAGGUACUUCUAAAAUACAUUCCUCUCACCAUGUGAACACAUGUAUGUCAUAUUUAGUUAAUCCACCAUUGAAUUCCUUAAUUCAUUCAAUAGACAUUGAUGCAAUUGGUCACAAUUAUUUGUCUAAACUCUAAAUGUAUAAUCAUAAAUAUAUAAUAUUUUAAGAAAAUUUAAUUGAUGAAACCAUUUUUCAUCCACACCUGAGAAAUCUCGUCUUUGUCUAAUGAGCCAACCUAGGCUGACGGUUCAAGGGCAAAUUCCGACUAUUGCUUCUUACCCCCCUUGAGUUGAAUCAUGUUGUCCGCCUUGAUUUCCCACGGGCUAUUAGUGAGCUGAGAUAUGGCCUAAUUAUAUCAGCUACGUGUUCCGACUAUUGCUUCUUACCCCCCUUGAGUUGAAUCAUGUUGUACGCCCUGAUUUCCCACAGGCUAUUAGCGAGCUGAGAUAUGGCCUAAUUAUAUCAGCUACGUGGAUACCACAUGGCCGGAGCUGCUGUCGUCAGGUCCUACCUCUUUAGCUCGAGGUAACCAAAGGUUUACCAAGAUUAUUUAAAUGCCGAGUCAGGAAAAUAAAGACCGCAGGUCAAGAAGGCGUCCAGCUCGAGGUACGAGCUGGAGUUGGAAGCUGUGACCCUUUAUAAAGUCAACCACACAAUAUAAACAUGCAUAUAUCAGACAUCACGUGUCUGAUAUAUCCCUGAAUUCUCGGACACGCAGCAUGAACGUGCGUAUUCAGGCACCCACGACUGGGUUGGGCCGUGCGGCCCAUUAUCCCCUUACUUGUUGAUUAGACCACACUUCAUUUGUCAGGUUUUAGGAAUUAAUCAUGAAUGUCACAGAAGUGACAUGAUGGGUAAGAAGGUCACGGGAUGACCCCCCUUACCAACUCCCAGGUGCCCUCUCCUAUAAAUAUGGAGACCCUGAGAGUUGCAAAGGGUUGGAUUCUAUUGUGUAACGAAAUAUCCUGUAAAGAAUACCAGAAAUAUAGCAAUAAUAUUGGCUGGUGGAGUAGAAGGAUUUUAACCUUUGAACCACCUAAAAACGUACUUGUGUCAUCAGUCCAUUUAAAGAUCAUCCAUUUGUCUCGGUUCAUUAUUAAGCACUAAUCUCUUUCUCUUAUUUUCUUAAUUAUCUGUUGGCGAAGAACCGCGUCAACACAUGUAAAUACCGAUGAGUGAUUUGACUCCAAUAUGCCUCGAGUCACUGGCUACCUUUAGAACAGACUCAGAAUCAGGUACGGAAGGAAGUGAAGAUGAAACAUGCUUGCCUUACAGUCUAGGAUUUUUCUUUUCUUUGGCUUGAAAAUAUGUCAGAGAUAGGCCCUUGAGCUUGGACUUUCUUCUUUUAUAAAGUCUUAAAUCGGGUAUGAACUCAAUUCUUGGUUGGAUCUUGCUUGGUAUUCCCACUUUGCUUGGAUGGCACCUUUUGCCAUUGAUUAGGACUUUUCCACAUUUCAUCGCAAAGAGGAUUUAAGGUAACUGAGCUAAAUUGUGCUAUUCUCUUCCUGAACCCAAAGAGUAAGAGUAAAGCAUUUCAUUUCGGGAUUUAGCUUAUGUCCCCUCCUAAUCUAAUUCCAUGCCCUAUUAAUGCCAAAUCCAAGACAUAGUUCACGCUUGAAAGUCAAAGCGAGUAUUCUUCCCAUUGCUUCUAAUAAGAUAAGACAAACCAUUACUAAUAGUCAUUCCAAUAGAUGGGGGUUCAAUAAUUAAUAAAUUUCUAACAACUUGUUCUGUCAUAGCUUCUUCAACUCAACCUCCUCUAGAAGGAAAGUAGCAUAAAUAUAUCAAGAGAGAUGAGACUUUUAGUGAAGUUUAUGACACAACUUGCAUUCCUAUGACACUUUGCUUCUCUUCCAAGAGAAUGAAGUUUAUCACGAUUUAUGCCUUUUAGUGGCUUAACCCCCUUGUUGUUAGAGUACAGCGAUGAGGGUUUCUCUUUUGGACAGCCCAAUACAACGACUUAAGAAGUACAUGGCUGCUUUGCUCUGGAGCUGUUGCAAGUGCUCUCUUCUUGCAAGCUACUAACGAUUGAGUUCCUCAAUGGCUAGCCUAGCCUCGGUAUGCCUACUCUCUGCCGAUGAAGACAUUAGAGACAUGUCACACUUUGUAUAAUUUAAAGUCAUGAUCUCAAAGUUUUGCUACUCGUAUUGCGGACUUGGAGGCCUUGAAAGAUCAGUACCAUGAUCCAAUCAUAGGCAGAUAAGGCAGUGAAUGCCAAACAACUAUUCUUGUGAAUUAUGGCUUUUUAGCGGAGGCUAGCCAUAAAGAUUCCGAGGCUAAUGUUUCACUAGAAGUGAGCAUGACUUCUCUUUAAACAAUAAUUGAUGAUCUUCACGUCGCCAUAGUUGAACGGGUGAGUCUGAAUUCUGAGAUAACGCUGCUGAGACUACAUUCAAAGGAGCUGUUCUUGUGAAGGCUCAGUAGGCUUAGAGCUUUAGAGGGAAUAGUACUACCAAGAUUUCAAUCGUCUGGGAAUGAAUGCUGCAGAGGCAGAUGUAGAGGAGAUCAUAGACAUGGCAAGUAAAUUCUCUUUUUCUGACCAAGAGAAGCUUGUCCAAGAAACUGUCCAUUCUCAAAUUAAAAGCUUUUGCGUGACUAUGGAUGAAAUUCUUGUUGAUGUCGAUAAGAGAAAUGAGCCAAGUGAAUCACCUCAACGAUCAAAUGUGGCUUCUGGCCGAAGUGGCCUCAGUUUGGCUAUUGGUAGGAACAGCUCGCCAACUAAUCAUCCGGAUGUACCUAAAACUAGGCCAUUAACACAAGCUGAAGUGUCUCAGAAAAUCAGAGAAAUUUUGGGCUACACACUUGAAAUCAAACCUUCUCAGAUACCUCACAAAGAAGCAGGGCAAGGUUUAUUUUUAAAUGGUGAAGCGGAUGUUGGUAAUGUGGUUGCCAUCUACCCAGGUGUAAUCUACUCUCCUGCCUAUUACCGCUACAUUCCUGGGUACCCAAGGGUUGACGCAAAAAACCCAUAUCUGAUCACAAGGUAUGAUGGCAAUGUGAUCAAUGCUCAACCUUGGGGUUCGGGGGAUGAAACCUGUGAGGUUUGGAAUGCGUUAACCAUUCCAAAAAUCAGCCCCAAUGUGCAAAGUGGCGAGAAAGGUUCAGAUAGGUUGUGGAGACUCCUAAGUAAGCCUUUGGAAAGCAAACAAGUGCUCUAUGGUGGUGAUGUUGUAGAUCGAAGAAAUCCAUUAGCUUUUGCUCAUUAUGCCAACCACCCUGCAAAGGGUGUGGCCCCAAAUGUUAUGAUUUGCCCCUAUGAUUUUUCAUUGACUGAAAAGGAUAUGCGAGUUUAUAUUCCGAAUGUUGUUUUUGGAAAUUCAGAAGACACAACAAAUAUGAAGAGGUUUGGCAGCUUUUGGUUCAAAUAUGGGAGCUCAAAAAAUACUGGGUCUGAUGUUUCCUUUUUGAGGACUCUUGUUUUGGUGGCUACGAGAGCUCUUUGCAAUGAGGAAGUACUUUUGAACUACAGGUUGAGCAACUUGAAGCAUCGGCCAGAGUGGUACACUCCAGUUGAUGAAGAGGAAGAUAUGAGAAGAUGGAGCUAGUUUUUGGAGGUCUGUAUUCUGUGUUACUCUUUGUAGCGUUGCCUUAAUUAGAUACUUCAGACUAGGGAUUGCCUGCUUUAACGGCUCAAAAGCUCCAAAUAUUGUGGGAGCAGAAUAUUUUUCUGAGGUGGUUUUACUUGUUUUGCAAUAAUCCGUCACAUUCAGAUGUCAAGGCAGUAGCUUGUCUGAAUGUCUAAAUUUUUUUUUUUUGUCGAAAACCAUCCACAUCUUGGAUGCGGGAAUGGUAAAAAACAAAAACUGAUGGUGUGUACCAUUGGAUGUUACAAUACUUCAUACUUGUGUUAAUCAUACUGCUCGAAGAAAACUCCAAUUGCAGGCCUCUGUUUUGUUUUCACCUAGAAGGUCAUACUAACGUAGAAUUUCAUUGUUCAAUCUACCUGUUUUCAUGAAGCAACACUUCAA